AUGAACGCGACCAAAUGGCGAAUCUCAAAGGCCUGCCAGGAAUGCCGCGUCAAAAAGAUAAAGUGCAACGGCGAGACGCCCUGCCAGAAUUGCAGGCUCAGGAGUCUGGGCUGCGUCUACCGCGAAAAGGCCCGCAACCGCACGCGCAAGGUCAAGCCGCGCACCGCCGCCUAUGAGUCCAUCAUGUCGCACGACGCCAUGGCCGCGUCGCCUUCGCUGGAGCCUUCCGACGAGGGCACAAACGUCCCUCCGACUCCUGUGGCUGAGGAUGCUGCGUCGGUGGCUCCAGCUGCCUCGGCGUUUGGCAGCGAUAGGACUAUUGCCGGGACAAGUCCUAAUGAUCCAGCAUCACGCGCUGGAGUUGAAGAGGCUGGUCCUGGUCUGGACUUGUUUAGCCAUCGGAGAUUAUUCUUUGGAGACUUUGCCGAUAACAAACGACCAGCUUCACUCGCAGAAGACUAUUCAGCAAUGUUGAUAAAUCCCGAAACGGCUCAUCGUCUACUCGAGAGGUAUCUUCUCACCUACUACCAUGGACUACCAGCUUACAAGUACCACGGUCAUUUCCAGUCAGAAAGGGCACGCCCAAAUUCAAGUUUCCUGCAUAUAGGCACUGCAGUCAGAAAAGCCAUCGCCGCUGGCCUGCAUAAAGACGCCGACAUGUGCCCAGGACAAUCAAGUGCGGAUGCCGACCAAAGGAGAAUCAUGUUCUGGAGUUUGUUCUUUUGGGAAACGUGGCAAUGCUUUGUUGUUGGCCGCCCUAGUUCCAUUCCAGAUCCAGGUCCAGCCAUUACUGUCCCCAAGGACCAAAAACAUCUAAUAUCAUUGGUCACUCUGUCACGAAUCAUGGACAAGUGCGUGAAGCGCAUCUACAGUCCAAAACAUGAUUCAUUAUUGCCCGUGUGGAAUGCGGCAAUCGAAAUCCGACGCGAACUUCACCGGUUUGCCGAGAAGCAACUCAAAGACAUGAAGUUUGGUCUUGUCAGCCCGACAAGCGGAGAACUUGGCGUGUGUCAAGCGAUGGUGUCUACAAUGUACCACCACACUCUACUUUUGACGUUCAGGCCGUUCUUGAUUUUGCGAGCGAAGCUCAAGCAAGAAAAAUCCUCUUCCGAUCCUACCUCCGCUGAAACCCUGCAUGCGCCUCCGCCUUGGCUUGAUAAUGCUUGCGAGUACUGCCUAGAGGCAGCUAGAAAUUCGAUCGGCUUUCUCACAAGCUCAUGCGCAACCAACACGCUCUGCCAUGAUAUCAAAUACCACGGCUUCUUUAUCGAGGGAGCGUGCUACGCCUUGGCAUUUGACAUGCUGCAAGAGAAAAAGACGGCUCACCGCAACCUCCCCUGGAUCCACUCCGGCUUGAGAUGCCUCCGGUCCAUGAUUACCAAAGCAGGGGCCAACGCGGGUCAACUACCGACGACAAUCGCCUCGAUCGAGCAAAUGGUUCGCUCGGCCGGCUUUGAGCUCAAGGACCAAGUGGACCCGGAUAUGCGGCAAUCUCAGUCCCAGCAGACCCUUCACUCGACCCUGCCAGGCUCCCCGGCCAUGCCUCCAGCUAGCGUCGCCGGGGAGGAGCCGGCUUUCACGUUUCCCUCGAUGCCGUUUGGCUUUGACGUCACCGGCCAGGUGAAUGGGACUUCUCCCAUGGGUGUAGGAUCGGAUGAACAGGCUGACUUUACGGCGGCGGAUGUCGGUUGGGACAUUGACUUUGGCACUAUGAAUAUGGAGGCAUUCUUAUCCCUUGACCCGACUGAGGCCUUCAACUUUGCUCUCUAA